AUGUCGCCGUCUGCAGCUGAGGAGAUUGACGCACUCAUCCAAGAUGUGGCUGCAGCUUCCAAGCUACCAGCCAAAUCUCGGGGGGCAAAUAUCAAGCCCACAGUAGCAAGCCUGGCGUCUCUGGCCUACGAGAACGGCUUGCUUCCGACUGCGCUUGACGAGCUUGUAGGCCUGCUGGUUACGCCCAGUCACCUCGACCAGGCCAGUCUAAAUGCUAUAGCCAGGAAUCUGUAUCCCGUCGCCAGAGUAUCACGCGAUGUUGUCGUCCGUAUUAUCGGCGCUCUCGGCCAUGGAACGCUCAAGCCUUCGCUCACCAUUCAGGUAGCUCUUUUGAAAUGGCUCAUCAUGGUCCACCACGUUUUAGAGACCCCGGCUGUGCUUGCCCAGGCUUAUGGGGUUCUCUUCAACUUGCUUGAUACGGCGGCGAUUAGACCGAAUGUUUGCCAUCUAUUAGCACUGAUUACGCGGAGAAAGCAUGUCAAACCGUUUAGAAUUCAAGCUCUAUUAACUCUGUCACGGCAAACGGCGAAUGAUCCGUAUCUGAUCGGCCUUCUGAGAGUCUUCAAAGAUUACUAUCCCGAGAUUAUAUUGGGUGAGUUAGUCCGUGGCAAGGCUUCGGCAUUCAAGCACCCGGAUGUUGCCUGGAAGGAAAGGCUUCAGGAAAUCCAGGAGGCGUAUGCUUCACAAGCGGAGAAGAACACACGCGGAGCCCUUGAUGGAUUCCAAGUCAAUCGUGCCACGGGGCGUGGCCAAAGGAAUAGAGUUGUGCCAUCUGUACACACGUCUCAUGUCACUGAGAACGCGAUCACUCUGGAAGAAAUCGAGAAUGUCACCGGCUUUGUUCAGAAAAUGGACAGGAUAGAGCUGCCAAAUCAGCUCGUGGCUGUUCUUGCAGACCCUUUGCUUCAGAAACUCUUACUCUUACGCCCCAGCGCGGAAGCUUAUCAGCGGAUAGCCAACUGGCUGAGCUCGGUUUUGCAGAAUGUCCUCGAGGGGGAUGCCGACGAGGCCACACUAUGGGAAGUCUUGGACGUCGUGCGAGAGUUUGUUGUGCAGAGUAAACCAUUGGAGGCAGCUGUCCUAGACAAUACGCCCGGCUCUCAAGUUGAAGUAUUAACACUGUACACUCACAUACUGCAUCAUUGGAUUGCCGUAUCACAAUCCAGCGAUGCAAUCCCGGCCCACGCAGAUACGAGCCUGAGGGCGCUGAUACGCCACACCGGACAGCUCAGCCUUACACUUCUACAGACGUCUCCAACGGAAUCGGUGGACAUGGCCAUCAUUGAAUUCUACGAGCAGGCAGUCCGCCUUGUCAACGACGAAAGAUUGAAGGACUACAUACGGAUUGAACUCCCACCCUCUGAGCUCAUCUACAUCUUCUUGUUCAGUGGUUCCGUGGCGACGGUAUCACGCCUGUGCGACAUCUUGGCGUGCUACAAGAAGGGCUUUGAGAUGGCCAUGUCGACCAAGGCGAGGAACGAUGGCUCCAGUAGGAUCGAUGCCCUCUCCUAUGACCGAGCCUACGUCAAUCUGUACAACGGCUAUCUCAUGGACAUUUGCAACUGUUUCUGGAGAAGCCGAGCGUUUAGCGAUGCGGAUACCAACUCGCACGGCUGCAUGAUGCCGCGGCCUGCUGUCUCCAAGCUCACUUCGUACGUGGUGUCGGUGGACAAGACCUUUUCACUUGCUUCACUGUUUUCCCUGUCGUACUCACCGGUGCUUUGCCUCCAGAGCAUCCAGUCUGUGCGAGACUUGGAGGACGCUGCUAUUGCGAGCGACAGCUCCAUUCGGACAAGGCAUGCCGGGCCCGUGACGCAGACCAGCCUCACGAAACUGGCUGCUGCGGGGGGCAUACAGCUCGCAUGGCAAGAGUAUCGCAUCGAGGUCUUGAGAUCACUUGCGGAAAAGAAUCUCGGCGGCAUUGCCGAGCUGCUGAAGAACACAAUGACAGUACUGAAGAAGUCAAUGGACGCAACGCCGCGAGCGCGGGCCAAGAUGCUUCAUGCUCUCUGA